AUUGUUAGCAACCUGUAUCUGAGCAGCUGUCAUCUCGAGGCACAGAAGGACGUCCUACAUCGUAAGGGUGUAACACAUGUUUUGCAGGUGGGCAAAGAGCUGUCUCCAACUCACCCCGCGGCCUUCACUUACAAGCACGUGCCAGUUUAUGACCUGGAGGAAGAAGACUUAGUGAAGUACUUCCCCGAAUGCUUCGCUUUCAUCAAUUCUGGUCGCGAAACGGGCGCGGUGCUUGUGCACUGUGCGGCGGGUGUAUCUCGCUCAGCCUCGGUGGUAAUCGGCUACCUGAUGGCGACGGGAGGCCUAUCACUGGACGACGCACGCGCCGCGGUCAAGGCCUCCCGUCCUGCCAUUAACCCCAACCAGGGCUUCCUGCUACAGCUGCAG